GGACAAGGAAGAAGAAGAAGAAGAAGAAGAAGAAGAAGAGGAGGGAAAUCCGAAACACACUAGUUACGUCCUCUGUUGUCGGAAAAUGUUCUGAAGUAUCUUAACUUGUGUAACGAAGUUGGUUGAGCUUUCACAGCCUCUGUCUAGAGAAGGAAAAGUAUAACGGGAUGCAGAAGGCUUCCCGGCUGAAGCGGGAGCUCCAGAUGCUGAGCACCGAGCCUCCUCCGGGCAUAACGUGCUGGCAGGUCGAGGAGCGCAUGGACGAGCUGCGGGCCCAGAUAGUGGGCGGAACAGGAACUCCUUAUGAAGGAGGGCUCUUCUCCUUGGAGAUUAACAUCCCAGAGAGGUACCCGUUUGAACCUCCUAAAAUGCGAUUCUUGACCGCCAUCUACCACCCAAACAUCGACAAUUCAGGACGUAUCUGCCACGAUGCCCUUAAACUCCCACCCAAGGGUGCCUGGAAGCCAUCCCUAAACAUCUCCACAGUCCUCACCUCCAUCCAGCUCCUCAUGACGGAGCCCAAUCCAGAUGACCCACUCAUGGCUGAUAUAUCAGCAGAGUUUAAAUACAACAAACCGCUGUUCAUGGAGAAGGCCAGAAAGUGGACACAAGAACACGCUGUUCAGAAGAACAUGGGAGUUGUGGAGGGCAACAAAGAAAAUACUCCAGAUCAGAAAACCUUAUCCCACAAAAGGGGGGCCUCCGGAACGGACCAGGAGACUGUGGGGCCACCAAAGAAAGCCUGCGCGUAGUUUCUCUCCCCCUUUUUUAAAGAACAGGCCUUUCUUCCCCAGAGCAAACAUUCCGUAUACACAAAGUAUGUAGUUUCUUUUUUUUAACUUAUAAUUCAGUGCCAUUACCAACUUAAUUCCACAAUGUAUGUAUUACUUUUCUUAUUCCAGGAAUGACCCAUAUAUCUAUGUGUAUAGUUUUUAAAGUUUGUGUCAUGAUAUUAAAGUUUAUUUUAACACUGAUAGAAAUCAUUUGAUGUAUUACAGACUCCUUGUGUUGAGAACAGGUGUGUUUUAGCAUAAGCAGAGUGGUUGAUGGUAUAUACAGUUUGAAGAUAAUAAUUUUAUUCAAAUGUAUGCAUACCAGUUGUAUACAAAGUAUGUACAUCCUAAAUAUCGCAUUGUUUUUUUUUUU